GCAACUGGGGAGGGCGGGGUCAUGUCAGAAUUGCUGUUGUGAGUCACCGGAGUGCUGCCCAGGAAAGGCAGGGCUGGGGUGAUGACCAUGCUAAAGAUCCACUGGGAUUUCGCGACUUCACCUGUGUGGAGGGACUUCGUGUCUAUGGCAACUGUCACCUGGUGGAAGGGGAGGAACUAGAUUUCCUCUGACUGGGACGCUGACAUUCCAAGCCCUUGCCCUGCAGGCUCCUGCAGGCAGACGCACCAUAGAAGGAAGCCAGGGAAUGGCCGCGGUGUGGCAGCAAGUCUUAGCAGUGGACGCGAGACUGAUAUUUUAGUUGGCCCAGACUGACCCCAACAGAGCUGCAGAUUGACUAUAUUGUCCCCAGCCUGAUCUUUUCAUCAUACUCGUUAUUGCUGCAGAAUUCCCCCCCAUCACAGCACCAAGAAAAACUGCCCUUUGCCACUGUUGAUCACUCUUACCCCCAAUCACUGCCAAACACCUCAUUGCUCUGCCCUAUGCCUAGAGCUGAUUUAUUCCCUCUGUCCUGUGCCUGCUGCCUGCCCUGCCUCCUGGACCCCACAGGUACAACGCCUACCGCACACCAACGUUUCCACAGUUUCGGACCCAGUAUAUCCGCCGGCGCAGCCAGCUUUUGCGGGAGAAUGCCAAGGCUGGGCACCCCCCAGCACUGCGUCGGCAGUACCUGAGGCUACGGGGCCAGCUAUUGGGCCAGCGCUACGGGCCACUCUCUGAGCCGGGCAGUGCUCGUGCCUAUAGCAACAGUAUUGUCCGCAGCAGCCGCACUACCCUUGACCGAAUGGAGGACUUUGAAGAUGAUCCUCGAGCCCUGGGGGCCCGAGGACACCGCCGUUCUGUCAGCCGAGGCUCCUACCAGCUGCAGGCACAAAUGAACCGUGCUGUCUAUGAGGACAGGCCUCCCGGCAGUGUGGUACCUACAUCGGUGGCAGAGGCAAGUCGAGCCAUGGCCGGGGACACAUCGCUGAGUGAAAACUAUGCCUUUGCAGGCAUGUACCAUGUUUUUGACCAGCACGUGGAUGAGGCAGUCCCAAGGGUACGCUUCGCCAAUGAUGACCGGCACCGCCUGGCUUGCUGCUCACUGGACGGCAGCAUCUCCCUGUGCCAGCUGGUGCCUGCCCCACCCACUGUGCUCCAUGUGCUACGGGGCCACACGCGUGGCGUCUCCGACUUCGCCUGGUCCCUCUCCAAUGACAUCCUCGUGUCCACCUCCCUCGAUGCCACCAUGCGCAUCUGGGCCUCUGAGGACGGCCGCUGCAUCCGUGAGAUCCCUGACCCUGAUGGAGCUGAACUGCUAUGCUGCACCUUCCAGCCGGUCAACAACAACCUCACUGUGGUAGGCAAUGCCAAGCACAAUGUGCAUGUCAUGAACAUCUCCACAGGCAAGAAAGUGAAGGGUGGCUCCAGCAAGCUGACAGGCCGCGUCCUCGCCCUGUCCUUUGAUGCCCCUGGCCGGCUGCUCUGGGCAGGUGAUGAUCGCGGCAGUGUCUUCUCCUUUCUCUUUGACAUGGCCACAGGAAAGCUGACCAAAGCCAAGCGACUGGUAGUCCAUGAGGGCAGCCCUGUAACCAGCAUCUCCGCCCGGUCCUGGGUCAGCCGUGAAGCACGGGACCCCUCCCUGCUUAUCAAUGCCUGCCUCAACAAACUGCUGCUCUACAGAGUGGUGGACAACGAAGGGACGCUGCAGCUGAAAAGAAGCUUCCCUAUUGAACAGAGUUCACACCCUGUGCGCAGUAUCUUCUGCCCCCUCAUGUCCUUCCGCCAGGGGGCCUGUGUGGUGACAGGCAGUGAGGAUAUGUGCGUUCACUUCUUUGAUGUGGAGCGGGCUGCCAAGGCUGCUGUCAACAAGCUGCAAGGCCACAGCGCACCUGUGCUUGACGUCAGCUUCAACUGCGAUGAGAGUCUGCUGGCCUCCAGUGACGCCAGUGGCAUGGUCAUUGUCUGGAGACGAGAGCAAAAGUAGGGUCCUGCCAGCCCUGCACUGCCCAUUUGUUCCCUCCUCCUUCACUCCCGGUCUUGCGUUGUAAAUAAAAUUUCUGUGGUUGUGUUGAGGGGCAACUCCCAGGUCUCCCACAAGGGGGCACUAGGGAGCACUGAGCCCUCCAGUGGAAUGGGGCCCACCUCCUCAAUUGUGCAGUAAUGUGUUCAUCCAUCCAACAAGCACUUAAUGAACCUCUGCUGUGAUGUAUCACAUUGUUGUGCAGUCAGUAGCCAGGAGCGAGCCAACUGUGUGGUCAGGAACUGUGCUGACAAGUAGGGCUAUAGCUGUGGCUUCAACUGGCAGAAGUCCUUGCCCUUGUGGCCUUUGCAUCCCAGUGGAGGCAAGCACCCGGUUGACAAAAGUACAGCCAUGCCUUGGUGUAUAGUUUGCUUUAUAAUUGUUCCACUUCAUGACUUUUUCACCUUACAGUGGUUCAGAACCACACUCAUAUACCCAGUCUUGUUUUUCUAAUUUCAGUAUGGUGUUCAGUAAAUUACAGGAGCUAGUCAACCCUUGGUUAUGAAAUAGACUUUGCAUUAUUAGGUAAGUUUGCCUACCUGUAGAAUAAUGUCGGUGUUCUGGGCGCAUUUAAGAUGGUUGAGGCUAAGGUAGGGUGGUCAGUAGGUUAGGUAUAUGUUAAUGCACUUUCUCGCCAUAGGAUAGUUAGGAAGGAUUUGUUGGGGGUGUAAUCCUGUUGGAUGAAGAAGCAUCUGUAUAUAAUAGAAUAGUUAAAGAUGAGCGCUGUGAAGAAAACCAAAGGGAGGAAAGAUGAAGUUGCAGGAACGGGAGAGGGUGGUAGCUUCUUGGUGGCAAUGUCAUCGGGAAAACUGUUCCUGACAGGAUGGCAUUUUACAGAUGUGAAUGAAGGGAGAGAAGUCAUAGUGUGGGGGUAGACACCCCUCCUUGACAGGAGGAAAAGUUAGUGCGCAGGCGCGGAGCCUGAAGUGUGUCAGCAUGACUGGGUUGAGGGUGACAGAGGACGUUAGACAGGUCUUUCGGGCUUGUUGGGCCAUAGCGAGGAGCUUGGCUUUCCCUGAGGCGGGGUGGCGGGGUAGCAUCAGUCAGCAGUAGAGAAAUUAGGUGGGGAAUGCUGAGUCCAACCCCCCAGGUUUCACCAGAUUAGGUUGGAAACCUCCCCACAUGGUGGCUUGUAUCUGGGUGGUCCCCACACUUACCUGUACGUUCAGUCCCUGGAGCACUAGCUUGGCAUGCGGGCAGCCAUGGGCUCUGGGGCUGAGGUACAGCUCCUACUGUGGGACAAGGAAAUAGAAAAUCUCUAAGCUCACC